AUGACACAAAAACACAAAGACUUCUGGAAAUGUGUCUCAUGCAAAUCAAAGAUACCAAAAAAAGAUAACACAAAUACGCCGAUCAGAUCGGACACUGGUAAUGUCACACAACGACGAGGUGGCGGUAUAUCCACACCAGAGAGCUCUCCUGCUUCUACACAUGAAGAAGACACGGCAACGAGUAAUGAAACACUACUUAUAGAAAUGCGUCUUUUUAGAAAAGAAAUGCAGGAGACGCGAGCACGGAUCGAGGUAUUUAAUGAGACCAUCAAUAAGCUAAACUUAAGAAUGGAUAUAUGUGAAGACCGCAUGGAAAAAUUAAUUGCACGUGUCGAAAAAAUAGAGAAUCGAGUUGAUACUGAUACAACAACACAAAGCAACACUACUCUGUCAGAAUCUAUUGAACAACUAAAGGCCGAACUAAACGAAAGAGAUCAGGAUCUUUUGCUUAAUGAUCUUCAGAUCUCAUGUAUACCAGAACAAAACAAUGAAAAUGUUACGCAUGUUGUAAUGAAUGUAGCUGCUAAGCUAGGCGUACAAUUAGCGGAUCAAGAUAUUGUCAGUGCUAUACGGAUAGGAAGUUUAUCUAAGCCUGAUGAAAGUGACAAAAAAAACCGACGACCCCGUCUUAUGGUAGUGCGGCUAGCACGUCGCGUUUUACGCGAUCAACUAUUGCAAGCUGCACGGGUCAGACGAGGUGCUACUACAGAAGGUAUGGACCUACCCGGACCACCACGAAAAUUCUACAUUAAUGAAAGGUUGACACUAAAAAACAGGCAGUUAUUUCAAAAGGCUCGAGAAAUGGGUAUUCGUAAUAACUGGCGAUAUAUUUGGACAGCAGCCGGUAAAAUUUUUGUACGACAACGCCAAGGCAAGGAUGAACCACGUUUUCGUUUAAGAACAGAGUCAGAUCUCAUUAGGGUUUUUGGAUCAGAAGCGAUUGGCUCGUAA